CGAGACAGUGCUGUGGACUUAUGAGGCACACGAAUUUGGCUCCGAUUUAGCUUUAACUCUAUUUGUAGCUACACGUAUUAGGCACCAGGGAUAUUGACAAAUAAUCAACCACAUUUUCGGAAUAGAUGGAUAACUAAUUGGCAUGUGCUGUAUAAUUCUAAAAGUUUGUCUUCUUGUUUAUUUUAAGACAAACAAGACCCGAGCUUCAGCCCAAUUUAUGAGAGUUUUACUUAAUUUAUAACUGUAGAUAGGCAGAUAAUAAAUUAAUUUAUUAAUUUACUCAAAAUUCACCUAAAUUCAUUAUUAUUAUUAAAUAUCAAUACAUUUAUAAAAUGUGGUCACAUUGGGUCAUUUCAACCUUAAUUGUUUGCCUCUUAACGGAAACACUUUCUCACUCGUUUGAGACUGAGGAAAUUACACCUGUGCGGUUGACGGGACGGACCGGUGGACGAGUGGCAAGAAGGAGCGAAGAACAGCCGAGCUUCAGACUCACGGCUUUCGGCAAGAAUUUCACACUCAAUUUGACGCCGGACAACACGUUUAUAUCUCCAACACUAAAGGUUUAUCGUAUCAAAGCCAAACACUUGGCUGAGUCCAACAGCAACUUGACAGAGUCCUUGAAUCAGACUGAAGAGGAUGGGACUGAAUUACUGAAAGGCUGUUUUUACACCGGGGAUGUUGACUCUAACGAAGACUCCAUUGUCUCCGUCAGUUUAUGUCAAGGGAUUUUAGGAUCAUUUAUCACUGAUGGUAGAGAAUAUAUUGUCGAACCAAAAGGUUUCAGCCUUGGGAAACAUGGAAAAUUCACAGAACAUUUGCAUACCAUUAAAAGAAGAAAUGUUACCAAGUCCCAGCAUGUCUCAGAACCGCUGUCUGUUCUCAGAGAAGAUGAGAAUGAUCCAGAUUUGAUGAGGCAGAUGUCCUCCAGGCGUAAACGGUUUGUCUCUACACCCAGAUUUAUUGAGACUUUAGUGGUCGCUGACGCUUCCCUGACCCAUUUCUAUGGAGAUGAGAUCAAGCACUACAUGCUUACCUUGAUAUCAGUGGCUGCUCAGAUUUACAAGCAUCCCAGCAUUAAGAACUCCAUAAACAUAGUGCUUGUGAAGAUACUGAUUGUGGAAGAUGAGGAGGUUGGGCCAUCCAUCUCCACUAAUGGAGGCGUUGCACUGCGCAACUUCUGUGCCUGGCAACAGCUUUUCAACCCGCCCAACCACAGGCAUCCUGAGCACUACGAUACCGCCAUCCUUUUUACUAGAGAGGACAUCUGUGGACAUCAGAGCUGUGACACCUUGGGUGUAGCUGAUGUUGGGACCAUAUGUGAUACUAAAAGGAGCUGUUCUGUUAUUGAAGACAACGGUCUUCAGGCUGCUUUCACAACUACCCACGAGCUAGGCCAUGUUCUAAGUAUGCCCCAUGAUGACACUAAGAACUGUGUGCAGCUUUUUGGACAUCUGGGAGAGGACCAUAUCAUGGCCCCUGUAUUCAAUCAGUUCAAUAAGAAUUCUCCUUGGUCUCCCUGCAGCGCUUUAUACGUCACACAGUUUUUUGACAAUGGACAUGGAGACUGCUUACUGGACACCCCUGAGACGAUAGUGGCCUUGCCCACUGAGCUGCCAGGCAUAACUUACACCCUGGACCGCCAAUGCCAGCAGAUAUUUGGAGAGGAGUAUUCACAUUGUCCCAACACUUCAGCCAGUGAGGUGUGCAGACAGCUUUGGUGCCAGGAGGAAGGCCAGUCUGUUUGUACAACUAGGAAUGGGAGUCUACCCUGGGCAGAUGGCACAAGCUGUGCCCCUAACAUGACCUGUCUGAACAGUGUAUGCAUGUCCUCUGAAGAAGUCAUGAAUCCUAAGUUGGCUGUGGAUGGAGGCUGGGAAGAGUGGGGACCAUGGCAACCAUGUUCCAGAUCAUGCGGAGGAGGAGUGAUGUUCUCCUACAGAGAGUGCACCCAGCCAUCACCUCAGAAUGGGGGAAAGUACUGUUUGGGCCAGAGAGUGAAGUACCAGUCCUGCAACAAACAAACCUGUGAGAAUAUCCUAGGAAAAAGUUUUAGAGAGGAACAAUGUGAGAAGUACAACAAUCCCAAUCACUUCGAUGUUCAUGGAAACGUAAAGGAGUGGAUACCAAAAUAUGCCGGAGUAUCGCUGCGGGACAGAUGUAAACUAUUUUGCAGAGCAAGAGGCAGCAGUGAAUUUAGAGUGUUUGAAGCUAAAGUAAUUGAUGGAACCCCAUGUGGACCGGAUACCACAUCAUUCUGUGUGCAAGGUCAGUGUAUCAAAGCUGGCUGUGACUUGGAGAUCGAUUCUAGUAAGAAGCUGGACAAAUGUGGCAUUUGUGGAGGGAAUGGCCUGAGCUGCAGGAUGAUAUCUGGCUCAUUCAACAAAGUUGUCCAUGGAUAUAGGGACAUUGUGACGAUUCCAAGUGGGGCCACCACCAUUAACAUCAAACAGCAGAGUCAUGGAAGUUUACCAAAUGAUGGGCAUUACUUGGCCGUUCGAAGAGAAAAUGGCGAAUAUAUCUUAAAUGGGAACUACUCAGUAUCCACCGUGGAGCAGUAUAUUCCAGUGCAUGGGGCUGUGCUUAAGUACAGUGGCUCGUUUACCACACUGGAGCGAAUUCAGAGUUUCCGCCAGCUCCAGGAACCAAUCACCAUACAGCUGCUUUCCACUACUGGAGAAACAAUCCCACCAAAAGUCAAAUACACAUUCUACAUCUCCAAAACAAUGUAUUUCAGCAAACCCAAAGACAAAAAGAUUUCUGUCAAAUUGAUUCAUCCAUUUGGGGUGCCAGAGUGGGUCUCGGGAGAGUGGUCUGAAUGCUCCAAAUCCUGUGGAUCAGGAUGGUCCAGGAGAAAUGUGGAAUGCAAAGAUAAUGCUGGAUUUUAUUCAAACCAAUGCAAUAAAGAGCUCAAACCUUCUGAUAUAAGAGCCUGUGCAGACCUGCCAUGUCCCAUAUGGCAGUCAGGACCUUGGUCUUCAUGCUCACAAAUCUGUGGCCAUGGGGAACGCCACCGCAGGAUUUUAUGCAUUGAUUACUCUGGGAAGGCUGUGGAACCAGAGAAUUGUGACCCUGCAAAAAAGCCAGAAUCACUAUCUGAAAAGUGUUUCUACCAAGAGUGCUAAAGAAUAUCUGAUUAUUCUGAGGUGAAAAGAGAUUCCUGAGAAACAGGAACAAUAUACAGAUCAUUUUGACCAUGCUUCAGGUUGGAGCAGGAUAAUAUUUACAGUAACUUCAGAAGGACAAAUGGUUGAGCUGUACUGAGAGAACUUGGUCAUUAGUGAUUAAUGAACUAAUCACAUUGUUGUCUAAAUGUUUAUAUUUAUAACCACUAUUGAAGGUUUUCCAAUGAAGAUCUACCUCAGUAAGCAAUACUUUAUUGCCAUUUUCCUAGUUUCCUGUCUCCUAAUCAUGUUUUCUCAGAGUGUGGCUCUUUGUCAAAAAACAAUACCGGUAGCUCCAUUCCAUAUAAUAUUGCGCGCCCGGUCCCACCCCCCUCCGCUCCACACACGUUUUCCAUACCCACAUCAAAAACAAGUACCUCUCAUGUUUAUUGACAGUGGAAGAUGUUUUACGACCCACAAAUUAGGAUUAUGUGCUCUCAGAACAGGCUCAAUCGUCACACUGAAUACAGUAAGCUAAGGUCUAUAUAUUUUAUGUAUCAAUAUGCAUAUAGCGUGGAUAAGCUUUGUUAUAAUAUUUAAAUAGUGAGUCAAGUAGUAUGUCGAGAGAGGGUGCUAGCACUGCCAUUUCUCAAUGGAUUUUGGGGUUAAAUGGGGUUAGUGGGGAUGCAAGCUCAUGUCCUUAUAGUCCAAGUGAAGCUCCUUUACGAACACAGUUCGAUUUGGUGUUUUAACGAAUUUCCUACUGAAACAAGAAUUGGGAACAGGUCAUCUCUUAUGACUCGUCCCAUGUAUAAAAAUAGCCAAUUAGAUUUAGUUUAUAUCUACACAUACAUACCCCUUCCCAACAUGCUGCUCAUGUCAGAGCCGCUUACUGAGAAAUCUUGAGAAGCAAUCUCAAUACCGGCAAGCGUUUUCAUAGACUUUAGAAGCGAACGAUGAUCUAACUGACAAUAUUAAUCCAUAACCAGCCCACAAACACACGCAGCACAUCACGGUCUUUGAUUAUGACGAGGCUGAAGCCGUUGUGCAAGUCAAAUGCAGAUUCACCAUGGCUUGCAUUUUUCAGAGCCUUAUUUUUACUUUCAUUUUCAAAUCUCACUAAUGUCAAGAAUAUUUGAUUAAAGCAUGGUCAUAUAAAUACUGUAUAUUAAACUGUUUAAUGAAUACUGAAAUCUUUGUCAAAGGUAAACAGUGGUUGAGUCUGCAAUCACCUGCUAAUUUAUAGAAGUUUAAGUAGUACAAUUACUGUAGGUGUUUUAUAUAAAGACCUUUUAGUUCAGGAACCUUUAAGUUUACUUCUAUAAGGUUAUUGCCUAUUCAGAAGGUUGAAUGCAAUCUAUUAUUAGCUAUUAGUGUUCUUUAUAAACACUGUUUACUUAAAAAGUGCACAUCACAAAUUGUUGUGAAAUGCUCUGUGAAUGAAAACUAGGAAUUUCUCUGUAAGCAAUCAAAUGAGACGUUGCUGGUUUUUCUUGCUCUUUUCUCUGCUAGGUAUGAAACCCGUAGUUUGUUUGACUGAUGACAUUAGUUAGAGCUGAUUUGUCUAUGAGGUUUAUAAAGCUGUAGAUGUGAAAAUGUUAUUAAGCAAAAACAGUACAGCAUGAAAUAAAACAGGUUGGACCCCCUAUCAUCACAGAUAAUGCUUAAGAAAUGCUCCAGUAACUGUUAAUGAUUGGAUAUAAAUGUUAAUGUGGCAUUGAUCAUUCCAGUUAUAUUACAAAUACAGCUAAAUGUAUUAUCCCUUCAGUGAAGGACUGUGCUUUGUUACUCUAACAUAAUUGUAAAGCUAUUUAUUUUUGUAAAGUUUUUGUUGUCUAAAAUUAAUACAAAUGAUGCAAAGUUUUGAGAUGCUGCUUUCUUUUGAUUUUAUAAGUCAAUGAAGUGUAAAUAAAAAUGCAUAACUAUACCAAACGCGUCUUUUUG